CCACAGAAAAUCCCUUUCUGUCAGUAAUCUCUUUUCUGUUCACUCAUUUACUUUUCAGAGAAGGCAGGCAGACGUUUUUCUCGUCAUUAAAGGGUUUGAAUCAUCCGGUGGUGACCAAUUGAGAGACAAGAAACUGAUUCAUCAUUAAGCACUUGUCUUGUCCUUCAGUUUAGAGUGAAACGUAACUCAACCGGAGAGCAUUGAGAAGCCGGUGUUUCUGAGACUACAAGAAGGUCCACUAUACAGUAAGUUCCAUCACAACUCAUCCAACGACACAAGCUGUCCAACUUGGGCCGUUCAAUAUCUAAAGAAUGAGAAAAAGGACCAGGAAGAAGUCAUAAUGAAGGUUCUAUGUUGUCUCUAUGUCAUCCUGCUCCUCCCCCUACUAACCUGCUCCAGCCAACCACAGUCCUGUCUGCAGUGUGUCAAUGACUUCAUCAGUAACAUCACAUGUGUGUUGAACAACACAUGCGUGCCCCCAGACAUGCCAUGCACUCUGCAUGGUGAAUACCCCGGGUUUAAAAGGCAAUGUGAGAUGAAGUCCUUGGCCGGUUCCAACACAACGUUGAGAGGCGGCAGUCUGGUCUUUGAGGACAAUCCAUUCUUUUGGGAAAGUGAUGAAAUACCCAUUGGUGUACGGUGUGGACAAACAGAAGAUUAUGUGAUACAGAUUAAAUACCUGUAUCAACCAUUUCACCACAUUAAAAUGCAUCCCCCUGGCAAGCCAAACAUCACCAAUGCCUCAAUCGCCUGGACACCAGGAGCUCCCAUUUCAGAAAUGAUAUUCAACUAUGACUUCCAACUACAGUGGAAACAGGAACUACAUCACUGGGAGGAUGCUGUGGAGGUGAACAUAUCAAACAAACAGACGUAUUUUGACCUGGACCCUGACAUGCUGGAGAGAGGAGGGAGGUACCAGGUCAGGGUCAGGGUUCGAGCCGACCCAGACGAUUACCCAGACUGUCAGUGGAGCGACUGGAGCCCCAGUGCAUCAUGGGUCUCCACUCUGGGCCAGAUGAAGCCAACAGGUAGAUCUGAUGUUCUAGACCAGGACUUUGUGGUGGUCACCGUGGUGGGAGCUGUUGUUGUACUGGUCCUGCUGGUCUCCAUGUUGCUCUGCAAUGGAACGGUCAAGAAGAUUCUGAAUCCUCCUAUACCAGAUCCCUCCAGGUACUUUGAGGGCCUCAACCUCCAUCACGAUGGAAACUUCAAGGCGUGGCUGGGUCCUUUGUUUGCCCUUGAAAUCGUCAACUCUGCCUUGAACCGUGUAGACAUCUCCCAGGUAGAGAUCACCGACAGCCUGGACAACGUCACCGCCUUGAGGACGGCACCACCACAGGAGAAGAGAUGGGACAACAGUGGCCGCUCCGGCUUCUCCAACUCCAGCUACUUCUUAUCUCAAUGCUCCCAGCCUGGAUCCACCUCCAUCAAGCUGGAACCCUGCUCUGUACACUCCCCUUACGGACCAGUAGGUGGCACUACUGAAGAGAUAGAUGAGUGGAAGGAGGAGAACAGAGGAGAAAGGAUGGAUAGUAAUAGAGGUCUCCAGGCCGAGCGUCGGGCCCUCAUAAGCCCAGAUUCAGGCAUCGGCAGUGGGGGAGAGGAUCAGGAAAGUCAGGAGAGUGUGGAGGAGGCGGACGGGCCUACUUCGACCAUCCCCCAUUUUGUCUCUCAGGACUUCCAUCUUGUUCCGCUUCUUCCUCUUAUCAAUAACAAUAACUUUCCAUUCUGCUCCACCCCCUUACCCAUUUCCCUGUCCGCUUUCCCCCAGCCACCCUUCACCCUCCCUGGUUCCAGACCCAACGCCGUGCCCCUCAGAGCCCAGAUUCAGGCAUUGGCAGUGGGGGAGAGGAUCAGGAAAGUCAGGAGAGCGUGGAGGAUGCGGUCGGGCCAACUGUGA